CUGGGUGGGGCCUGGGAGCCAUAGGAGAUGCCCAAAGCCAGGCAGAGCCCGGGGGUGAGGGGGCGGCAGGCAGGUGUGGCGCUGGGUGCAGCCCAGGGCGGGCUUGCACCCCCACACCCAAGUGAGUGGCCUGCUCACUCCUCAGCUGCAGGAGCCAGAUGUGUGGAGUCCCAGCGGAGGCCAACCUGUGUCUCUUCAUCUCCCUGGGAAAGGUGCCCCCGAGGUGAACGAGAUGGCCUGGUGGAAAGCCUGGAUUGAACAGGAGGGUGUCACAGUGAAGAGCAGCUCCCACUUCAACCCAGACCCUGAUGCAGAGACCCUCUACAAAGCCAUGAAGGGGAUCGGUGUCAGGUCCCAAUUGCUCAGCCACCAAGCAGCUGCCUUCGCCUUCCCCUCCUCCGCCCUCACCAGUGUGUCACCCUGGGGGCAGCAGGGUCACUCGUGCUGUAUCCCUGCAGGGACCAACGAGCAGGCUAUCAUCGAUGUGCUCACCAAGAGAAGCAACGCUCAGCGGCAGCAGAUUGCCAAGUCCUUCAAGGCUCAGUUCGGCAAGGACCUCACUGAGACCUUGAAGUCAGAGCUGAGUGGCAAGUUCGAGAGGCUCAUUGUGGCCCUUAUGUACCCACCAUACAGAUACGAAGCCAAGGAGCUGCAUGACUCCAUGAAGGGCUUAGGAACCAAGGAGGGCAUCAUCAUUGAGAUCCUGGCUUCUCGGACCAAGAACCAGCUGCGGGAGAUAAUGAAGGCGUAUGAGGAAGACUACGGGUCCAGCCUGGAGGAGGACAUCCAAGCAGACACAAGUGGCUACCUGGAGAGGAUCCUGGUGUGCCUCCUGCAGGGCAGCAGGGAUGAUGUGAGCAGCUUUGUGGACCCAGGACUGGCCCUCCAAGACGCACAGGAUCUGUAUGCGGCAGGCGAGAAGAUUUGUGGGACUGAUGAGAUGAAAUUCAUCACCAUCCUGUGCACGCGCAGUGCCACUCACCUGCUGAGAGUGUUUGAAGAGUAUGAGAAAAUUGCCAACAAGAGCAUUGAGGACAGCAUCAAGAGUGAGACCCACGGCUCGCUGGAGGAGGCCAUGCUCACUGUGGUGAAAUGCACCCAAAACCUCCACAGCUACUUUGCAGAGAGACUCUACUAUGCCAUGAAGGGAGCAGGGACGCGCGAUGGGACCCUGAUAAGAAACAUCGUUUCAAGGAGUGAGAUUGACUUAAAUCUUAUCAAGUGUCACUUCAAGAAGAUGUACGGCAAGACCCUCAGCAGCAUGAUCAUG